AUGCGGUGCACAAACUGUGGCUCACUUGCUAUUGACUUUGCCGACUCACAAGCAGUAUGCAGUGCAUGCGGUGUGGUGCUGGAAGAGUCGCAAAUCGUCAGCGAUAUUACUUUUGCCGAAAAUACAGCUGGUGGGGCCGUCGUGCAGGGCAGCUAUCUAGGCGCAGACCAGGUUCGGGCACGUACAUCGGCUCCAGGCUUUCGUGGCAGCUCCGCAGGCGAGUCGCGGGAGUGUACCAUUGCCAACGCGCGUUGGAAUAUCAACCGCAUGGCUACAGCGCGUGGUGUUCCGGCACACGUAGCAGAACGAGCGCUUCGAUUCUUCCAGCUAGCUUUGGAUGGUGGCACAGCGACAGCGACAGGGUCACAGCCGAGGAACUUUGUUCUGGGACGCAAGUCGGACUACACGGUAGCAUCAUGUCUCUACGUGGCAUGCCGCAUGGCGAAAACGACGCAUAUGCUCAUUGACUUUGCGGAUGUAAUCCAAGUCAAUGUGUUCGUACUGGGACGAAGCUACCUGCGCCUUUUGCGCGUCCUCAACUUGCAAAUUCCCUUGAUUGACCCAUCGUUUUACAUUAGUCGGUUCGCCGCGCUUCUUGAGUUUGGUGAUGAGACACAGCGUGUCGUGACGGAUGCCACACGUCUCGUGACGCGCUUCAAGAUGGACUGGAUGGUCGAAGGCCGUCGUCCUGCGGGUAUCUGUGGUGCAUGCUUGUUGCUGGCAGCACGUAUGAACCACUUCCGCCGCUCCAUUACCGAAAUUGUUCAAGUCGUCAAAAUUGCCGAUGUCACACUGCGCAAACGUCUGGAAGAGUUCAAGGCUACGCCGAGUGGCCAACUUACUAUUGAAGACUUCCGGAGCGUUUGGCUUGAAGAAGAAAGCAAUCCGCCUGCUUUUGCUCGUGCUCGAAUGCCCAAGAAACACAAGGAUCCGCGCGUCAAUCUUGUUGAUUCUACGAGCAUGGACGCGAGACACGCCAAAAGUACUGAUUCUCGCCCUAAUCGCCACGAUUUGAAUGAAAACAGCCAUGCUGAUGGCAAUAGCAAUGGUGACAGUGGCAUCGAUAGCGGUGAUGACGAUCAAGUGUCGCCUGAUAAGGAAGACCAUGGCUCUCUGCAAGCUCAGCCUAUUCGCUCCGAUAUCGACCAGCUUGCUGACCAGGCAACCGAGCAGGAAAUUACCUCGUUUCUGCAACAGGCUGAAGUUCAGGAGCUUAGUAACGACUUAUCCAAACAAGAACGCGAGCGUACGGAAAGAGCUAAGGCCGGACGCGUUCAUAACGUAUCAGGAGCAUUAGCAGAGCCACCUAUAAAGCUUUCCGAUUCACAGAAAGAGGCGGCGCAUGCAGCUGAUGCGAAUCUGGCACCCCCAUCGUCAGCUGAAUCGAAACCGAACGCCGCCGCCAACGACGGCUUAGACGACUUGGAUGAAGAAGAGCUCGAUAGCUUCCUUUUGACUGAUGAAGAAGUCAAAGUGAAGGAACGCGUCUGGAUGGAAUUUAACAAAGAUUACCUAGAAGCAGCUCUUGCUCGUCAGCUCAAGCUCGAGGCAGAUCAAAAGGCGGGCAUUGCCCCAGCACCUCGGAGUCGGAAGCGACACAAGCCUCGUGAUGGUACAACAGCUCCGACGAGCUCCGCGGCUGAGUCCGCAAAGCAAAUGAUGCAACAGAAAAGAUGGUCUCGUCGUAUUAAUUAUGACGUUCUUAAUAGCUUGUUUCCCAGUGCGAAGGGCAAAGAGGAUACGGGCUCUGCCAGCGGGGCGAGAAAAGCCCAUGGAAGUACCAACGAAGACGAUGGCAUUGACGAGGAUGAUGACGAGGAUGACGACGUGGACGAAGAAGUUGAUGAAGACGAUACUGUAGGUCCUUCGUCUUCGACUAAGCGUGCACGCCUUGAUGAAGAUUGGAUGGCGCUCGGCGGUCUUACGCGGCAAGACUAUGGUGAUGAAGCCGACUAUGGCGACGAUUACAAUGACGCAUGGUAG